CAUAAAACCAAAUAGCCACCAUUGUUGUUUGCUGCCAAGAUAUUGAUCUCUAGAGAUCAAUAAUUAGUAGCCAUCAUGAGCUACGGUCACUGGUCACUCGGAAAUUGGCAGACCGGAGCUUUACCAUGGAGGAAUUGGCAAACAGGAGUGACCAAUUAUGCCAGGAAUCGGCAGCCUGGAGCCACCAGUAGUGCUAGGAAUUGGCAGGUUCGAGCAGAACCAAUGUGGAAUUGGCAGACAAGGAUGGCACCACCAGGGAAUUGGCAGACUGGAGUAGCACCACGGGCAAACUGGCAUACUGGACCGGCACCAUCCUGGAACCGGCAGACUCAAGUGGCCAGGGGUGUUGGGAACUGGCAGAAUGGAAUGGCAACAAUGGGUAAUUGGCGGACUGGAGUCACCGAUGGUAUCGGACAUUGGCAGACUGGGCUGGCACCAGGAGGCAAUUGGCAUAUUGGACCAAACUAUAGCCCCUGGGAUUGGCAGACUGGACUGCUGACAGCAGAGGGCAAUUGGCAUACUGGACCAAACUAUGGUGCAUGGAAUUGGCAGACUGGGCUGGACUAUGGCGCAUUCUUUCCCUGGUCCCUUGCCUUCCCAGCAGCUUGGGAUGCCAGUGGAGCUGCGCAGGAUCCAUGGAGGCCAUUAGAAGAGAGCAUGCCCCGCAUCUUAACAGGUUUCCCACAUCAACUUCAUCCCACCAGUCCAAAGUGCAGUUUACAGGCUACCCUGGAAUUUCCAGACCAAUGGCAUAUGCAGAUGCCCGCACAUGAAGAGCAGUCCAGAUUGACUCGAGCAGAACAGAGGGCAGCCUUGGAGAAGCUAAAGAAAGAAAUCUACAAGCCUCUGCUGAAGAGGAACGGUAACAAUGUUGGGGAGGAUAUUCAUGAGAAGGAAAAGGAGAAAGACCAAGAUACUGAGACGUGUGUCAUUUGCUUAGAAGAUUUCAAGCCUGAGGAGGAAGUGAUGCUCACACCGUGCAACCAUAUGUUCCAUGAGGAUUGCAUCGUUCCAUGGGUGAAGAGCCAUGGUCAGUGCCCCAUCUGCCGUUUGCAAUUCGUGAGGUUGCUCUUGAACAGAAAUUAACCACAGUGAUCUACUCCUAGAACACCUUAUUUCAAUCGAGCCAUCCUAUCAUGAAAAUAUCAUCAGCAGCGCUAUCACUGUUCAGCCUCACCUUAAAUUUGUGACAUUUCCUUUAGUUUUCAAGAUGAAGGUGUCUUCUCCUUGCUCAGGAUCAUUACUUGAGUUAUGAUAUGAAGGAAAACUUGGGACAAAGCAUAGGGAGGUGAGCAUAAGCCAAGCUCUAUUUGACUACGAAGAUACAUAAUAUUUGAAUAAGAGAAGGUAAGGCUCUAGAUAAAGCUAAAUGGCCAAAAAGGAUUUGCAUAGCUGCCCUUGAGCAGUUGGCUUAUGAAAGGAAUGUUUACACGACAAUCGCUAUGUACAUUACCAUACUGAUAGCAAUGAUAUAAUUCCCGUUAU